AGAAGAAGGUUAUGUUAUGUUAUUCAAUCAGCUCUAGCUAAGCAUAAUAUUCAUUAGAUUACAAGAGUAAUAGUUUAUACAUGAAUUAUUCUUCCGGCGUAAAAAUAAUCAAUGACAGUGCUAAAAAUAUUUAAUACUAGAUUGGUUUUGAAAACAAAUCUAUAUUACAGAGAAACGCUUUCAAUCUCUCAACAAGUGUUCAACACGGUAUUAUCUUCUCAGAAAGCAGCAUCCUUCACUUCCAAAAACAAAACAAAUUCGUACAGCAUGAAAAUUCAUCAUAAGUGCCGCAACAAUAACUACCCAGACUCUUCCAAAAAAGUCGAUCGACUUCCAGUACCAGACGAAAAGGUGCCAUGGUCAGUGGAAUGGAGUAACUACCAUCCACCGUACUUCACGUCACCAGGGGUUCUGGGCAAACAGUGGGCUGAACCAGAAAUAGGCGAGGCUGGCUUUCAAGUGAAAGUUCCCGAAAAUGACACAAGUGACAAUAGUGUAGUGGGGUAUAAGUAUCAUAUAGUUGAAGGGUAUCCCAUUAAUCCAGUAGGUCGCACAGGGUUGAGAGGGAGAGGUCUUCUAGGUGCCUGGGGUCCCAACCAUGCUGCUGAUCCCAUCGUUACCCGCUGGAAAAAGCUAGAAAAUGGUGAACAAGUUUUGGACAAAGGAUCUGGAAAACCAUAUCUACAGUUUGUUUCAAUUCAGAGGCGUGACUGUGGAGAAUGGGCGAUUCCUGGAGGCUUUGUAGAUCCUGGAGAACAACCUGGACAAACAUUACGUCGAGAAUUUGUAGAGGAAGCGUUGGAUAGUUUCACAGGACAAGAAACCGAGAAAGAAGAGAUCGUUAAACAACUUGACAAACUAUUUUCCAAUGGAAAACCCAUUUACUCUGGUUACGUCGAUGAUAGAAGGAACACAGAUAACGCUUGGAUCUGCACAACAGCUGUUCUGUUUCAUGACACCGAUCAAAUUUUGGAUAGAAUUAAGCUUUCUGCUGGUGAUGAUGCUGGGAAAGUCAUGUGGAAGGAUAUUUCUAAUGAACUAGUUCUGUAUGCAAGUCAUAAGACUUUUAUCAAGGAGGUGGCUGAUACUUUAAAUGCUCAUUGGUGAAUGAGCUGAUUGGAAUUGAAUGUUGAUCAUAUUUUACAUGAACUGAAAUAAUAAUGCUAAUCAAUAAUAAAUACAGAUGUUUUAAAGAUAAUUUAUUGUUUAUUACUUUCAUUUACAGAUGAAUAUCAUCCAAGUUUUGCAUUCGUAGAUGACUGAUUUUGUGCUUGUAUUGAAGGCUACUUUAAGUUCAAAUAUAAUUAUAAACGUUUCUGUUUUAAAAUAAUUUGCCAACACACAAGGUUUUCUUAUGUUGGCAGUGCCAAAUAUUACAUAAAUAAUAUUGUUAUACUCAAGUUGCAAUCAAUGUCUAUUUGUAUUGUAUACUCUUGUAAUUAUAUUGUAGAAAAAUGUAUUUGCAAUUUCUGUCAAUAAAUUCAAUUUUAAUA